AUGAGCCCGAGCGAAAGUGAUGGAAAGGUGGAAGGCAUCAUGGAGCUCUGUGAAAAUCGCGGCAACUGCAAACCGCUGAUCUUCUGCGUGGUGGCGCGGGACGCUGGCGUUCCCUCCAAGGCCUUGUUGCCCAGGGCGCGGCAUCUCAUGGGUGAAGUCGGCGUCAACAACCUGUCGCUGGACAUGACCGAGAUGUACGUGCAGCACAUGGUGGAUGCUGUCGAGGGCGUGGAUCCAGAUUUGCUGCAGUACAUCUAUGAGAGUUCUGGUGGCAACCCCUACGGUGUGGACGCGGUGGUUUCCGAGCUGCGGCACCGCGGAACGGUGCACGUCAGCGAGGGACGUUUAGAGAUUUCCGAGGGCACUCGCUUGCGGAAGGAGUACCCAGAGGUCUUGAUCGGCAUGGCCCUGGCGACCUUCGAAAAACUGCCUCCAAGGUAUCAGGAUUUAGUCAAAAACGUGGCCGUGUGCUGCCAAGAAUCGGACUCUGAUGCCUUAAACUUAGAAGAUUUGGCUGAGACGUUGGACUAUCCUAUCGAGGAGCUCCUGCAAAGCUGUCGCCAUUUGGUGUCUCAAGGUGUCUUCCGUGCCGUCAUGCCGAUGACCACGAAGAUGAUCCGGUCCAGCCAGGAGGCACGACGUGGUACCAUGACCUUCACACCCAGCAACUCACCUCACAACGUGCGCUGCCCUUCGGAUAUGGAGCUGAGUGCCAUCUCCUUCACUUCGCAGCUACUGCUGCACGUGGUCUUGUCGUUAGUGCUACACUCUCAGAAGGAGACCAUCCGCAACCGCAUCGAAGAACGCCCGGAGACCGUCGAGCCCGUUGGGCCCGUGGGGCCCGUCGGGCCCGUUGAGCCCGUGAAGCAGGGGCCACCGGCGCAUGAUGCUCCGUCGCAGCAUGUGUCCGAAGCGCUAGAACCGCAGGAGUCGGAUCCGGAGCCAGCGGAGCCACCGGUGGUGAACGUGGUGGACGUUGGAUCCACGGUGUCCUCCGGGGAGUCCAAUGCGGCGCGAGACGAGGAUGGCAUGGCCUAUGUCACUGGCGGUUCAGUGGCUGCAGCUGCGGCUGCAACGGCCAAUGAGAAAGACGUGGACGCGAAACUCGUCGCUGCGCGCGACGCACACGAAGGAUCAGGGGUAUGCUUUGCACCGUGGAAUUGCUGCGGAUGA